AUGUCAUUUGAAGGAAAAUAUAACACCAAAAGCCCAGCUGUCAAGAGAUUGAUGCGAGAAGCUCAAGAACUUAAUGAAGCUACUGAUGAGUAUCACGCCUCGCCUUUAGAAGAUAAUUUAUUUGAAUGGCACUUUACUGUACGCGGACCACCAUCGACUGAUUUUGAGGAUGGAGUUUAUCAUGGGAGAAUUAUUCUGCCACCGGAAUAUCCUAUGAAACCACCAAAUAUUAUUUUACUUACUCCGAAUGGGAGAUUUGAAGUUCAAAGAAAAAUAUGUCUAAGUAUUUCUGGACAUCAUCCAGAAACUUGGCAACCGUCUUGGAGUAUUAGAACAGCUUUAUUGGCUCUUAUUGCUUUCAUGCCAACUCCAGGAAAUGAUACCAUUGGUUCAUUGGAUUAUACUGCUGAAGAACGACAAAAACUUGCUAAAAAAUCGCAGAGCUGGGAAUGUAAUAUUUGUGGAAAAAUUGUAGAUUUAUUAUCCAAAGAAGAUUCAUCAGAAUGUAACAAAACUAAGGAUAAGCCCAUGUUUAAUUCUGUAAAUACAUUAAAAGAUGAAGAAACUCCAUCAUCAUCAUCUAAUGCUACAAGAACAGCUAUUAGAGAAAGUCUAAGGCAACGUUUAAUUGACCCAAAUCGUUUAGGAAAUCCUGCACAUCAAACAAAUUCUGUCAAUCAACAAUUUUCAAAUUUAUCGUCUAACGAUUUCUUUUGGACUAUCAUAAUUGUUUUCUUGGUAUCAGCUAUUGUUUUCCUUGUUUUCCGACGAACAUUUUUAAAAUUUUAA